AUGGGUUGGAUAUCUUCCAUUCUAGGUACCGACAAGUCGGCAGAUCCGCUAGCAAAACUCGAUCCCAGCCUUCGUGACUUUCUAGAAAAAGAAUCUCCCCUCAAAUACCCAGCGAACCACCCCACGAAUCCUACUGAAGCAGUUCAGCAACCCAGCAAUACCAAUGCUGCUGUAGCAGAUACACCAGAGCAAAAGCCAGUUGCUCCCUCAGCUAGCUUGUACAAGGAUGGACGAUAUGCGCAUCUAUGGAAGAACUACCGACCGCUUGCCGAGAUUGAAGCUGAGACAGCAUCUGAUCAUGACAAACUGAUGGGUGUACUGGAGGCAUACAAGGAGCGAAAAGAGGCCAUUGGUAAAGCGGCGUUGGAGAACUGCGCCGAAUAUCAAGAAGAAAAUCAAGUGCGCAGGUUUGAGAGGUGCUACAUGAUGCAAUCGAGAUUCCUUCGUGCGUUGGGCCAUGGCUCAGUGGUGGGUAGAUCACCCGAUAUAGAGGAAGAUAUCCAAAUGCACGCCGAUGCUCUCUACCAAAAAAUGAUUAAGCACGAGGAGGCGGUAGAAAAAGCCAAGGCCGAAGGUCUCCCUGUUCCUGUUUUCCAGACAAAACUACCAAAGGCCAAGGACGAUUCGGUCAUGCCCACGGAAGAGCUCCAGCAACAGUGGAAGGAACAGUUGGACAAGCUACCAGCUGAGGAGCGUGUAGUUGAAGAGGCUGCUCUUCGCGCUGAUCUUCAAGCCAAGGCUGAGGUCGCGGGCAACGUCCAGAAGAUCUGGGAGAGCCAGGCGGAGCAGAGGAAACAAAGACAAGCAGAAGGUAACUCCACGUUUGGAGAUUACAUGGCUUCGCUGUUUGGAAAGUCUGGAAAAUAA